AUGGAUAGAAGGAGAGUUUGCGUAUUGAUGGUGCUGUGGGUUAUGGCCCACCUCAGCUCUCCUGGUCAUGGGCUGAGGGCCCUGCGGAGAACUACAGGGGGGCACAAGGGGGCCACAGGAAUGACGGGACAAGACGCCAAUGGAUUGCCGCUGAGGCGAUCCAAACGUGGAUGGAUGUGGAACCAGUUCUUUUUGUUGGAGGAGUACACCGGGACUGACAUGCAGUAUGUCGGAAAGCUUCACUCAGACUCAGAUCGAGGAGAUGGAAACACGAGGUACGUCCUCACAGGGGAGGGAGCCGGGUCCCUCUUCAAGAUAGACGAGAAGUCCGGGGACAUCCAUGCCACCAAGAGGCUGGAUCGGGAGGAGAAGGCCUACUACAUCCUCCACGCCAAAGCCGUCAACCGCUUCACCAACGAGGCGCUGGAGGGGGAGUCGGAGUUCGUCAUCAAGAUCCACGACAUCAACGACAACGAGCCUCGCUUCACCAAGGACCCGUACAUGGCCAGGGUCCCUGAAAUGUCUGACAUUGGUACCUCUGUGAUUCAGGUGACAGCCGCAGACGCUGACGACGCCACCUACGGGAACAGCGCCCGGGUGGUGUACAGUAUCUUGGAGGGCCAACCGUAUUUCUCUGUGGACCCAGAAACCGGCCUGAUCAAGACAGCCCUGCCUGGCAUGGACCGAGAAGUGAAGGAAAACUACCAGGUUGUGAUCCAGGCUAAGGACAUGGCUGGGCAGAUGGGCGGGCUCUCCGGCACCACGACGGUCAGCAUCACGCUCUCCGACGUGAACGACAACCCGCCACGAUUCACUAAGACCGUCUAUGAGUUCAGGGUGCCCGAGUCCUCCGAUGUUGGCUCUGCUGUGGGAGUGAUCCGAGCCAUGGACAAUGACAUAGGCGAGAACGCUGAGAUGGAAUACAGGAUCAUCGGCAGCGACGGCCCCGGCAUGUUUGAUGUCACCACCAACAGGAGCACACAGGAGGGGGUCAUCUUGCUGAGAAAGCCUCUGGACUUUGAGAGGAAGCGUCAGUACAGUCUCCGUAUUCAGGUGGAAAAUUCCCACCUCAACCCUCGCUUCUUCUCCGUGGGCCCCUUCAGGGAUGAGGCCACCAUCAAGAUCGUGGUGGAGGAUGUGGACGAGCCGCCCCUGUUUGAGCGCGCCAGCUACGUCAUGGAGGUCAAAGAGGACGGAGCCAGGAACACCGCCAUCGGCUCCGUCAGCGCGUCUGAUCCCGACGACAAAAACAGUCUCGUCAGGUACUCUAUUGAUCGACGCACCGACAUGGACAGAAUGUUCAACGUCCAUGCAGGGAACGGGUCAGUGUUCAUCCUCCGGGAGCUGGAUAGAGAAGAGAGCGCCUGGCACAACAUCUCCGUCAUCGCCACAGAGUUCAACAACCCUCGCCAGAUCAGCCGUGUGCCUGUUUACAUCCGAGUGCUGGACGUCAACGACAACGCUCCAACAUUCGCCACCAAUUACGAGACCUUUGUGUGUGAGAACGCUAAGGCUAAUCAGAGGAUACAAACCGUGAGUGCCACAGAUCCUGAUGAUCCACUCGGAGGACACCGGUUCUUCUUCAGUCUCGCACAGGAGGCUGCUGGGAAGGCCAACUUCUCUGUCCGUGAUAACAAAGACAACACGGCCUGGAUCCUAACACGAAGGAACAGCUACAACAGCCUUCAGAAGAGCAUCUACCACGUGCCUGUGGUCAUUUCCGACGGGGUGUUCCCCAUGCAAAGCAGCACCAACACCCUGACCGUCAGAGUGUGCUCCUGCGACCGCGAGGGCAAUAUGAAGCUUUGCAACGCCGAGGCACUAACAGCGAGGGCGGGACUCAGCACAGGAGCCCUGGUGGCCAUCUUGCUCUGUGUCAUCAUUCUGCUCAUGAUCGUGGUGCUGUUUGCUGCCCUGAGGAGACAGAGGAAGAAGGAGCCUCUGAUCAUCUCCAAAGAGGAUGUCAGAGACAACGUAGUCAGCUACAACGAUGAAGGGGGCGGAGAGGAGGACACUCAGGCCUUUGAUAUUGGCACACUGCGCAACCCAGAGGCCAUCGAGGACAACAAGCAGCGGAGGGACAUCGUCCCCGAGACCUUCUUCCCUCCUGUUCGACGGCCCGUGCUGCCCCCGAUCCGGGACAAUAACGGGGACGUGAGAGACUUCAUCAACCAAAGGCUGCAGGACAACGACAGUGACCCAACGGCACCACCUUACGAUUCUUUGGCCACCUAUGCUUACGAGGGAACCGGCUCCGUAGCGGAGUCCCUUAGCUCCCUUGAGUCUGUGACGACCGAGGGCGACCAGGACUACAACUACCUGAGCGAGUGGGGACCCCGGUUUAAGAAACUGGCAGACAUGUAUGGGGGUGACGACAGCGACAGGGAUUCCUAACGAGAGCCUGGCACAGAGACAAGGAGAGAAACAUUGAAAUGAAACACACAUUUAAAACGUUCAGGCAGUUGUGGUGCAUGUGUGGCGAUAACAAUGGACCAAGAAACGAGCACCGUUUAUCCACGUGCUCCUUCACCGCCACCUUUCAGUUGUCCCCCCCGGUGACCAGACGUAGGCUUUGUGUGUCCAGUCAGUGUUAGUUGCGUUUUGCCUGGGUGCAGUGAAAAGAGACGUUGUGUCAAGACAUUUUUUUGUGUGUAUAUGGGUGUACAUGACGCCCAAAUAUAUCUAUACCAAUAUUUUCUUUUUCGUUCAUUUUUCCAAAGCUGCGUGUGAUGGACACGUUCAACAAGCAGUUUUGUAAACCUACAAAUAUGCCUAUGUAUUUUUCAGUGUUUCUGGGACAAAAACAUGCUGCAUAUUGUGAGUUCUAUCUUAGCUUGUGUAUGUACGGUAAUAUGAUACGCUGUAAAGUUCUUUUUAAUAGGGAUUUCUAUUGUCCAAAAUAUCCCUCCUUAUAGCAAUGGCUGACUCAUACAAGGCACUCAUCCACAGUUCAGCUUGAGAUUGGAUCCGAGGUAUGAAUUUACAAAUAGUGCUGUUGACGAGUGGCUAAUAAAGCAUCCCUAAAGCUGUCAUUUUUUAAUUUCAUCUCCACACAGCUUUAAACAAUAUGCUGUAAGGUGAUCCAAAUACUAACUGGAGCUGAAUGUCUUGAGAAGGACUUUUCCCCCGUGCAGCCAACAGUCUGAAAAACAAAAAAAACAGUUCAUUUCGAAGAAAAAAUGACCAGGCUCAGUUAGAGGGAAAUGCUGGUCUUGUUCCCUCUGAUUCACUCUGUACAGCAUGGUGUGAAUCAGUCACGUUUACUCCCUGCACUGUUGUGAUGCCACUGAGCUCAGAACUAGCAUCACAUUAGAUUAGAUAAAACAUCCUGUGGACUGUUACCAUUAAAACCAUUCACUCGAUGUUAUUUUCUUAUCUGUAAAGAUGGUUUCUUUGUACCUGUAUGUGUGAUGAAGAAAGACGGGAAGAUUUGACUUCAUGUACCAAGCUGGAAAUAUUUCAAUUAGAAUUGAUCUAAAAAUUAAAUCAUGUGUUCAAAUGUAAACUCUGUCCAUAUGUAAAUCUUUAUACUUCAUUUGACAAAGUUUAAAUGGAUCAAAAGAUGCCUUACAUUAUAAAAUCUAAACUACGCAAUGAGAAGUGGCCUAAAACAAGUCAACAAAAGGAAGGGUUUUUCUGAUCAAGGAGUUGUGUUUGUAGAGAAGGCUCCGCCCACAGUCGAAUGUAACAUAGCGGUUUUUGGAGAUGUGCCAAACAGCACCAGUAUUUUCCUUUCAAACGACUCCUAAUCACAUCCUUCAUUACAUGUACUGUAUGUAGUGUUGAACGUGAAGCUCACCCAACUGAUUUCCUGAGGGACGGACAGCCUUUCCCGUAGUGGCGCUUACGAAGGGGCCUCUGACCUUUGAGCAGGGCUGAAUCUUAAACGCAGAGCGGUGUCCUCUGCCUCCGAGAGAAGGUCAAAGCGUUUUCCUGCAGCGAGAACACACAACAAGUUAGCCUUUCACGAGAUUAAGAAAAACAUAGAAGCAUUUUUCAUCACUAUAACUUCAAGAAUAAACGGUUAAGGAAUAAAGUAGGCUUGUUCAACUAGGAGGGCAAAAUAAUAAAGACAAAGCUGCAGCUAAAACAAGCUCUGCCCUCGCUUUAGCAAAAGGCCAACAUGGGAGGAGGCUGACAUUUAUCAGACGUCGGGAACAGUAAUAACAAAACAUAAUGGUAUAAUUCUUCACAGCGAUACACUGUCUGUGCUCCAAAAGAGGCUUUCCAGAGCAGCACAUUUAACAACCUAAUUGACAGUGGUUGGAAAAUUCUUUACGCUCUGCUAUUGUAUACAUGCAUUCUUUUUUUUCGCCCCUUGUUUUUGUUUAUUAGCUUGUUGCUGUGGCUCCCAUUGUAAGUGGCCAUUUCAGACUGCGGCAGUGUUGCUGUGAUAAGCGUUUAAUGGGGUUAGAAACCCUUCACUCUAAGAAAACUGCUUCUCUGCCUCGAGGUACAAUGCGAGGUCUCAAAUGGAAAUCAACAUGACAGCAGCACUCCACAAAAGCAUUUUUUCAUUCACUAUUUUCUGUCUCCGUACGGGAUGUCAGCAUAUCGCCAUUACAGAGACGUGCUUGUGUUUUCCUAUGGAGAGUAUAAUUGCCUCCAAGCAUUGGCGCCAUGCUCAGCUAAGAUAACGGAAAAGUGUUGCACAUCUGAACGUACCGCAACGCCAUUUCUGUUCUUCCUUUAAAGUUGAGGCGACCGGAUGGUGGCGCUGAUGUCCUCUUUCUCCAGAUACGGUAGAUCUGUGGUUGUUGAUGUGUAGACUCGGUCGGCCUCGGGCUCACCUCUGCUACAGUAUACUAUGUUGGUGACAAUGUGAUUGAGCAGUGGAGUUUUUGUCAAUGUAGAAACAACCUGAGAGGUUGUGGUAGUGUAAGGGCCCCUACAUCACCGGCCAUUCAUCAAUCUGCUUUGUAAAACGUGAUAUUUUGUACUGAAUAUUUAUAUGACACGAUUAAAUAUCUUUAAAAUCA